UUUCAGACUUUUAGGAAUCCAGCCCUUACCACCAGAUGGCCAACAGCGCAUCGUAACUUCAAAGAUAGGAGGAUACUACAAAACUCAGUGCACAUCUUUUUACGGUGAACAGUUCCAAUCCGGCUGGAGUUGAGACUUCGGGAGGACCAAACGACCGGCGACACAUUCUGCACCAGGAUGCUCUCGUUUAGGAUGGAGCUGCCAUGUUGGUGUUUGUUGUUGUUGAGCUGUCUGCAGUCGCUCUCAGCCGACAAAGACUUCUUCACCUCUAUAGGCCAGAUGACAGAUCUGUUAUUCACAGAAAAAGACCUAGUCACCUCUCUAAAGGACUACAUCAAAGCAGAGGAGACCAAGCUGGAGCAGGUCAAACGGUGGGCUGAUAAGUUGGAUUCAUUGUCAGCCACGGCCAUACAGGACCCUGAGGGCUUCCUGGGGCACCCUGUCAAUGCCUUCAAACUGAUGAAACGGCUGAACACAGAGUGGGGGGACCUGGAGAGCCUUGUACUCAGGGACACAACUGAUGGAUUUAUUUCAAAUCUGACCAUCCAGAGACAGUACUUCCCCACAGAUGACGACCAAACUGGGGCAGCUAAAGCUCUCCUCCGGUUACAAGACACUUACAGACUGGAUGCCAACACCAUCUCAACAGGAGACCUGCCUGGAGUGAAACACAAGAGCCAAAUGACAGUGGAAGACUGUUAUGAGCUGGGGAAAAUCGCCUACUCUGAUGUUGAUUACUACCACACAGAGCUGUGGAUGGCCCAGGCACUGAAACAGCUUGAUCAGGGAGAGGAGUCCACUAUCGAUAGGGUGACAGUGCUCGACUACCUCAGCUACGCAAUCUACCAGCAGGGGGAGUUAGAGCGAGCCCUGGUGUACACCAGGAGGCUGCUUGAGCUGGACCCAGAGCACCAGCGUGCAAAUGGCAACCUGAAGUACUUUGAGUUUCAGCUGGAGAAGCAGAAAAAGGCUGCAGAGGCAGAAGGUCAAAAAGAGAAAGAGCAAGGGAAAAGAGAAACAACUGAAAAGAAGGUGAAACCCAAAAAGAAGAACUCCAUUCCGCUACUUCCAGAGAGGAAGAAGUAUGAAAUGCUUUGCCGUGGGGAGGGCAUCAGAAUGACUCCUCGCAGGCAGAGCCGGCUGUUCUGUCGAUACUUUGACAACAACCGCAACCCCAUGUAUGUGAUAAAACCUGUCAAACAGCAAGACGAGUGGGAUCGCCCUUACAUUGUCCGCUACAUUGACAUCAUCUCUGAUCAAGAAAUGGAGAGGAUCAAGCAACUGGCAAAGCCAAGACUACGCAGGGCCACCAUCUCCAACCCCAUCACAGGAGUGCUGGAGACAGCGUCAUACCGGAUCAGCAAAAGACGAGCCACGGUGCAUGACCCCCUAACUGGGAAACUUACCACGGCCCAGUACAGAGUCUCCAAGAGUGCUUGGCUCACUGGCUAUGAAGAUCCAAUGAUUGACAUUAUCAACCAGAGAAUUGAAGAUCUCACAGGGCUGGAAAUGGACACUGCAGAAGAGCUGCAGGUUGCAAAUUAUGGCGUUGGAGGUCAAUAUGAACCACACUUUGACUUUGGAAGGAAAGAUGAGCCAGAUGCCUUCAAAGAGCUGGGGACUGGAAACCGCAUAGCAACAUGGCUUUUCUAUAUGAGUGAUGUAGCAGCAGGUGGAGCCACUGUAUUCCCAGAUGUUGGUGCAGCAGUUUGGCCCCAAAAGGGCAGUGCAGUGUUCUGGUACAAUCUGUUUCCCAGCGGGGAGGGAGACUACAGCACCCGACAUGCAGCCUGUCCAGUGUUGGUCGGCAACAAGUGGGUAUCAAACAAAUGGAUCCAUGAGCGAGGCCAGGAGUGGCGGCGACCAUGUUCCCUAAAUGAAACUGACUGAUUCAGAAAGAAAUCCUCCUCUCCUUCCUUGUGAACCAUGCAGGACCAAAGAACGCCACUGCAGAUCACAGAUGAUACAUAUGCAAACAUGGGGUUCAAAUGGCUCACUCCCUUUUCUUACAAACACUCCUUUUUCUCCCCCAGCUGUUGUGCUCUGAGCUCAGUGAUUGUUUGGGUUAAUGUCGAGUCCCUGGACAGUAUUAGCAUUGCUGUGACAGAUAGCAUGUUCUUAAGAUUGUUGGGUGGUUUGGAGAAACACUUGUGCUCUUUUCACUCCCAUAUGUCUGUCUUUGCACUCUGUAUGAACUCUAGCUCUGUGGUGAGGUUAUCCUUCAGUAGUGACUGUAGGGACCAGCUUCCUCCUCGUCAGUUUGAACCUUAAAGGUGAAGUUCACUAUUUUAAGAGGCCUGACUGAUUCAUUGCAUUCCUUAACAGCAAUUGGGCAUGUGGUUUUUGAGAAAAUGUAUUUUUCAAAACAUUUUAAGUAAGGGAAAUUCACUGGGGCUGCACACUAUUUUUUUGAAAAACUACAUGCACCGCGUUCAAAACUGUUUCAUCUUUUUUCAUAAAUUGGCUUACAAUUCAGAGGGAUUGAAUUAGCAUUCUUAAGUUUCACUGAAUUUCUGUUAUAUUCUUUAUUUACGUGUGGUAGCAAUCUCUGCUUCCAAUAACUUGGGGAAGGAAUGAAAACACUCACAGCACAUACAGAUAUGUUCAGCUCACUAAAAAUGGUUGAAAAUAACACUUUAUACGCUGUAAGUUGUGUAACUUAUCAGAACAGAUAAGUUGCAUGACUGCAUCUAUGCAAUACACUUCAACAUAUCACAUACCUUGUUGGUCUGCCUUACAGCCUGUGUUUUUCUUUUUUUUAAACUCAUUUAAAUGGUCACACUUUUAGAUAUUGUUAGAUACAGUUGAGUAUUUUUCAUCUUGACUGCCCCAGUGUUGUAUAAGGACGAAAUAACCAUCAUCUGUCAUUUUAUUAGUAAGAGCAACAGAGGAACAAAGUAUAUGGACAUCCGAUUUUUUUAAUAAACUGAAUGAUUCUGGUUGGUUUUUAAUGGUGUUCAGUGCUUUUCAGUGUGAUAAUAUAUGGGUUUUGCAAGGAAGAAACAUUUUUAUUUAUAUGUCCCAAGCCAAUUUUGUGUUAUUUUUGUCUUAAAUGAAAGUCUGAAAUUGUUUUUUUUUCUACAAUAAAGUAUGUUCUAUUGAUUCAAGUUAA